UAUACAAUGAGUUCUAUUUGGCGUUUACUAUUUGGACUGAUCUUGUGGCUAGUGGUACUUAUGCAGGUGUCCUUCUGCCAGGACGACUUGGAGCUGGACUACUCCAAUGAGUACGAUGAUGUGCGACCGCAUUUGAUUUACCCAGAUGAGCCGAGGCUGGACAAGCGUCUAACCGAAGCGGCAAAGGAGUUUGGGGAUAACAUUCGGAAUACGUGGCAGUCCAUGGUGGACUCAUUCCGCAGUUAUUUUGAGGAGCUGCGGAAUGUAUUUGCCGAAGGCGUCGAAAGCAACGUGGAGACCUUUCCGGUGGCCAAUUGAACCGAGCUCAAUUAUAAGCCACAUUCAAGAAUUUCUCAAAUCGUAGCUUUAACUAUUGUUGGCGGAUAAUAUUUAAAUUUCAGAAUUAGCAGCGCAUUGGGUGCAGAUGGAAUUGAAACGCAUUAUGAAAAAGAUCGAUUUUUGAAUGAAUCUAAGAAUUGUUGAAUAUAAAAUGAGUAAGCUCGUUAAUGGCAUGCAAUUAAUAUAAUCAAAAGAAGAAAUUGAAAUGAAACAUUUAAAACAACCAAAUUGCACUAAUAAAUAAAACAUGAGCUCGAAAUUAACGGAAAAUGGUGAAAUUGAGCAUGCGAUUUUCACAUUAGUAUAUAUCGAAUCGCAGGGAAAAUAUUUCGAAAAGAUAUGAAUAAAUAUGAUGAUGUAAAAAAAUAA